AUGACCCGACGCAUGCGCGAGGCCGCGCGCGGACCCCCCGCACUUGCGUCUCUCGAGGGUCUUCCCGACGACGUGCUCGUGCACAUCUUCGAGCUCCUCGACGCUGAGGACCUCGUCCGCCUCCGCGUCUCCCGCACUCUCGACAGUAGAGUCCGCACCCUCGGCAUCCCCUUGCAUCUAUCGCAGCACCCCGUAUCACACCAGACACUCCACCCCGCGCCGCCCCGCUGGCCCCCAGCCGCGCUGUUCGCACUGAAUGGGCGCAUAUCCCGCGCGCUCCAAACACACAAACUGCACGCGCUGCAAAUCGGCCCCGAGUGGCGCUCGCCCGUCAUCCCCGCCCUCUGUUUACGGGGCGGGGACGACCCAGCCCUAGUCCUAGGCGUCGGGACGCAGCUGCUCGUACACCCGCUCGCCGCGCGGAGGAUGUGGGCCCCGCGCUCCGCGGCCCCAGCGCACGCCAUGUCUCUCGGCGGUUCGAGUUCGGCUUCAGGCUCGAUGUCAGGAUCGGGCAGCGCCGCCGACAUCGUAGGCAUCCACGCCCUCGCAGCGCCCGACAGCUUCGUAGUCGCGCACUUUGACGGCACGCUGCGCCGCCUCUCCCGCGCCGCGUGCACCGCGCACUACAUGCAUCCGCGGGGAGGCGUGUCGUCGCCAGCCAACAUCCGGGCGUUCGCGGGCUGCGGCGACGCCUUCUUAGCCGCCAGCGAGCGGCGCGUACGCCUCUACUCCGCGCGGGCGCCGUGGACGCCGCCGGCCGAGAUUGCGCUCAGCGCGCGUCCCUGGUCCGCCGCGCUGGCGGGCGACACGGCGUACCUCGGCGUUGCGGGCGCCAUAGGGAUGUACGCGCUCUCCGGGGCCGUGCCGGCCGGCACGUUGCGCGGGCCCGCGAAGAGCGAGGCGUACGCCGUCGUCCCGGCCCGUCAGGUGCUGUCGGCGUGGUACGACGGCGUGGCGCGGAUACAUGAUCCGCGCGCGGGCGCGGCGCCCGUCAUCGCGCUCGCGGACCCGUGGUCCGACGCCGCGUUGUAUUCCGCCGCGUAUGUCGGCGAGUACGGCGUCGCCGCAGGCGGCGCGCUGCACGGCGCUGUGAGUGUCUGGGAUGUGCGUAACCCCGCCGCGGGGUGGAGUGUAUUUUCGCCCGCGGGGCGCGGGAGCCCGGUGUACGCGCUCGCUGGGGACGGCGGGCGCGUGUGGGGCGUCACGGAGCGGCGCGCGUUCACGGGAUUGUGA